UUCGCCUCAGGGGAGUCGGUGGAAGGACUGCGAGAAAAUGACUACCUCUUGAUUCAUUCAUGUCGGCAAUGGACCACAAUUACCGCCCAUAGCCUAGAGGAGGGCCAUUAUGUCAUCGGACCGAAAAUCGAGAUCCCUGUCCAUUAUGAGGGCCAGUUUAAGCUGCUGGAGCAGGACAGGGACAUUAGGGAGCCAGUGCAGUACUUCAACGGCGUGGAGGAGGUGGCCAAAGCAUUCCCUGAGCGAGUUUAUGUCAUGGAGGAAAUAUCCUUCAAUGUCAAGAUGGCAUCAGGAGAAUCCAACGAGGACACAGAAGUGUACAACAUCACGCUGAACACUGGGGAUGAGCUGACACUAAUGGGCCAGGCUGAGAUCCUCUAUGCCAAAACAUCACGAGAAAAGUCACGCUUUAACACGAUCUUCAAACGCAUUGGCAAGCUUAACUCCAUCAGUAAGCUUGGCCGCGGAAAGAUGCCCUGCCUUAUCUGCAUGAACCACCGCACCAAUGAGAGCAUCAGCCUGCCUUUCCAGUGCCGCGGUCGCUUCAGUACCUGUUCCCCGCUGGAGCUACAGAUGCAGGAAGGAGAACACACUAUUCGCACAAUUGUGGAGAAGACCCGGUUACCUGUGAAUGUCAUGGUGCCCAGCAGCCCGCCACGUAAUCCGCAUGACCUCCAUUUGAUCCGCGAAGGCCACCGAUACAAGCUGGUCAACAUCCAGACCAAGACAGUGGUGGUGUGUUGUGCGUUACGUUCAAACAAAAUACUGCCAGUGCACUUCCCCUUGCACGUAUCCACAGCACUGCCACGUUUACUGGUGCCUGAAGGGCUGCUUCAAGGAGAAGCCUGGCAGGAGACUGUGGUCCACCGCUGGUUUGCUUACUGCCAGGAGCAGUUCGACAUUGACGACUACUCUAGGGCAGUCCGUGACGUGCGGGUGGACUGGAUCGACGAUGGCAAGAGCCCGAAAAAAAGUAGCGCAGGUGGAACGGGAAGUGGGAGCAACAGCAGCGGAAGCAAUGGCUGCCCCUCUCACAUGCAUUUGCCAAGUUCUCUAAGCUCAGCCCGAGAUGAGCUCACACAGUCCUUUCAUCGCCUGUCUGUCUGUGUCUAUGGUAACAAUCUCCAUGGGAACAGCGAGGUGAAUCUUCAGGGUUGCGUUAGCUUAUGUGGAGAUUGUGUGCCAGCAGAAGCUCCGGAUGAAGAUUAUCUGUUCCCUGAGCUGCAGGAGAGUUCUUCUGGCUCCCUUAAACCAGACGUGCCGUACGAGGAGCUUUGGUUGGAUCAAGUUAAGAACGCUGGAUCUGUGCUAGACCACAUCGAGGGGGUCCGAAAUUCGACUGUCUCUGGCUGCACGACUGUACUGCCAUACCCCACAGCAGGUCCCACAACCGCCUUGCUUGGUGCAGAUGUCAGUCUACCUCCACCUCCGGUGCCUCCAAAGUCUGAAGCUGUGAAGGAGGAGUGCCGGUUGUUGAACGCUCCACCGAUUCCACCGCGGAGCUCCAAGCAGACCGGCUCAAGCAGUGCCACAGUGCCAUGCCCUCCUGCCAAGCCACGUCAGACAGACACGCGCUCCCCAAGCCCAACACUAUCCUAUUACUCAUCCGGCUUACACAACAUAGGUGGAGAGGGCGAGUCUCCGAAUGAGUCCGAUGAUCAGAACCAUGCUUGUUACCCAUGUAACUGGAUCAGACCAGAUGCCAGUGAAGGCUCCAAGCCUCUCCCUUGCCUCAGUCCUUCGGUCGAUGCCUCUUUCUCCCGCCUUUCCUGGCCAAACGAGUUCUGUGGUGCAGACUCGUAUAAAGGUGAGGACUUUCCGUCGCUCCACUGCCGGAGUUACUCUAGUUAUCCUCGGAAGAGGACCCCUGGUACUCCUAAGGCUUGUCCCUCAGGUUUGUUAGACUUCAGCAGGCGAGCGAAUGGUGAGGGGGGCGCUGUGGCCUCCAAGGCUCAACAGGUUUCCCAGUCUUGCACCAAAUCCACCAGCUACACCAUGGAAAUGUGCAGAGACAAAUCUACAGAGGAAUGUAACACUAAGCCAAACCAGUCCUGCCCUAUCUUGCCUCCAAGAACCCCUAAAUGUAACGAUACAAAGAAAGAUACAGAUCCCGCUACUACAGUCGAUGCGGACGCCCUGGAACUUGAGUCCAAAAGCUGCUUGAUCGAUCGACCGCAUCACGGCACUACAGAUGUGUUCUCCAUUUCAUAUCCUGUAGCUACAGUGUCUUGGCAGCCACCAAGCAAUCUAUCAGGUAUCUCCAUUGAGGAGGUUUCUAAGUCACUACGGUUCAUCGGUAUGUCAGAUGAUGUUCUCUCUUUGUUUGUGCAAGAAAAAAUUGAUGGAAAUUUGCUCCUACAGCUAACGGAGGAGAUUCUGUCAGAAGACUUUAAGCUAAGCAAACUUCAAGUGAAGAAACUCAUGCAGUUUAUUAAUGGCUGGAGGCCCAAAAUGUAAGGCUGAACAAGCAAGCCAGUAU